UCUCACCACUGAGAAGAGCGCCUCCAUUCCCCAAUCAUUCCUCACCCCUCCUCUCCCCAAACCCUCGCCGUCAUCCCCUCCACCGGCGGCCAUGGACGACCCGCAGGUUAUCCUCGGCACCUCCAGGAGCGAUAUGCUCGCCUCCUUGGAGCGCGACGGCCAGGACCCUGCGACGCUGGACCUCGGCUCAAACAUGAUGCUCCACUUCGUGUACAAGUACCUCCCGGACCCACCCGUCUCCCCCGCCGCACCCCUCUCGCUCGCCGGCGCGUCGUGGGUCCCCGACGGCGUCGACCGCAUCAGCCGCCUCCCCGACGUGCUCCUCCGCAACAUCAUCUCCCGCCUCCCCGCCAAGGACGCCGCGCGCACCGCCGCCCUCUCCUCGCGCUGGCGUCCCCUCUGGCGCGCGGCGCCCCUCUCUCUUGUCGACAGCCACCUGCUUCCCGACGGCGGCGCGGCCGGGCAGUUCCCCAUCGGCGUUCCCUCUCCCCGGACAGUCGCCGCCGCCGUGUCCAGCGCCCUCGCGGCGCACCCUGGGCCCUUCCGCUGCGUCCACCUCACCCGCAGCAACAUGGACGAGCACCGAGGCGAGAUGGCGCGCUGGAUCGACACCCUCGUCGCCCAGGGGGUCAAAGAUCUCGUCUUUGUGAACCGCCCUUGGCCGAUUGACCUGCGCCUCCCCGCCACGCUCUUCAGCUGCGCCUCCCUCACCCGCCUCUAUCUCGGCGUCUGGACACUUCCGGACACCACGGCCGUGCCGCGCGGCGCCAGCUUCCCCAACCUCCGGGAGCUCGGCCUAUGCAUGACUGUCAUGGAGGACCGUGAUCUGGCAUUCAUGCUCGAAAGAAGCCCAGUCCUUGAGUUCCUCCUCAUCAUGUGGAGCCAGACCGGAGUGCGCCUCCGACUCGUUAGCCACAGCCUGCGGUGCCUUCAGCUGGCCUUCACCUACUUGGAGUACAUCUACGUGGUGGAUGCACCUCGCCUGGAGAGGCUCUUGCAGUGCGAAACUGUUGGCGAGGGGGGGAUGAAGUCCACCAUGGAGCGCUCUGAGAUCAAGAUUGGGCGUGCACCUAAUCUGCGUGUGCUGGGAUAUCUUCUGCCAGGAGAGCAACAGUUGGUGGUGGAUAACGCCGAUCUCGUGGCUAGGAGCAGGGAGAACAUUGUCCCUACUGUCAAGAUUUUGGGCAUAGAGGUGCAGUUUGGUGUCCGCAAUGUUGUCAAGAAAGUGCCUGGCUUUCUCAGAUGCUUCCCCAACCUGGAGACGCUCCAUGUCCAUUCCCCUCCCAUAUCUGAAGAGUCCACUGGCAAGGUGAAUCUCAAGUUCUGGCAGGAGGGCGGUCCCAUCAAAUGCAUCGUGCAGAGCGUGAAGAAGGUGUUCUUCUAUGAGUUCCAGGGGUCGAGAAGCGAGGUUGCUUUCCUCAAGUUCAUCGCGGAGAGAGGGCGGGUGCUGGAGCGGAUGGUGGUUGUGGUGUCCAGCAAGUGUUUCUCCUCGUCCUCGGUGGGUAAUGCGGACGCCAAAUUGAUGCCUCUGAUGAGCGCAAAGUGGAACAACAAAGCUUGCAAACUAGAGAUAUUCAGGAGCGGACGCGAGGACGCUGGAGGUCCAGUUUACUCCCACGAGCUAGCUUCUGAUUUCGAGUUUGCUGACCCUUUUGACCUCGAGGACUAUAUGAAGCAGAAAGGGUCUCUGCAAGUUAAUUAGUACUAGGUCUAUGACAAGACUAGUGGUGCCUAUAGCUAGGCUUUGUGUUGUCGUAAGGACCUGGCAGCAGCUAAAAGAAGCUAUUUGGGGAGCUUGUUUGCGCCAAGUAAAGUUUGUAUGUGGGAUGCUAUGUGGUACUCUAGUGCGCAACUGGUAUGUUGUUUCUAGUUUGUCCAAGUGCAACUUGACUAUGUUUUGCAGUUGUUGCAGUUAGCAUGAGUUCACUAUGUUUUCA